ACACCGAGAGUGACUAUGUUUUCGCAAGGGUUCGGUGUGCCGUGUCGUUGGCUGCCAGGCUGAAGUGGGCUGAAAUGGAGAGGAAAGCUCACUCAGUGUUGUUCAAGGUUUAAUUUAGCGGUGUAAAGCAUUUCUACAUAAGAACUUCGGGGUACUACAUAGACAGAUGGCCAAGGCAAUCUCGCGCGGACCGCUGGCGGCCAGAGGCUUCAGGAUGGGCAAAGGCGACCAGUUGCUGGAACACGUGUUGAUCAAAUAUCGCUGGCUCUUUGUCUGCUUUUUCCUGCUGCCAGCAUCCUUUCUUUAUGAACUCUGGAGCUACUUCAGAAAUUUAAUUGUCUUCAAGCUGAGCAGCGCCCCAGGAAAGCAUGCGUCUAAAGUGCAAAAAGUGCAACAACAGGUGCGGGAAUGGAAUAAAAAUGGACAGCAAGGCCAUAUGUGCACAGCCCGGCCAGGAUGGCAAACAAUGAGCUUUCGACAGGGAGUGUACAAAAAGAGUUUUUACAAAGUGGAGGUCAACCUUGUUGAUGUCCUGGAAAUAGACACAGAAAAUAAUACUGUUAGAGUGGAACCUCUAGUGUCGAUGGGGCAGCUGAGCGCAUCAUUAGCACCUCUUGGUUGGACCAUUCCAAUUGUUCCUGAAAUUGACGACUUGACAGUUGGAGGGUUGAUCUUGGGUACUGGCAUCGAAUCCUCUUCUCACCAAUUUGGACUUUUCCAACAUAUUUGUGAAGAAUAUGAGCUCGUCUUGGCUGACGGAAGUCUGGUCACCGUGACGAAAGAUUCUGAUCCAGACCUGUUCUAUGCUGUUCCAUGGUCAUAUGGCACCCUUGGUUUUUUGACCGCUGCUAAAAUCAUGAUAGUGCCCUGCACAAAGUUUAUAAAAUUAAAUUACAAGCCAGUCUACUCCUUAAAUGACGCAGUAAAGGAAUUUUCUGAAGCAUCAGCAAGCAAAAAUCAGUUUGUUGAAGGAAUUAUGUUUACUUUGAACAAAGGAGUGAUCAUGACUGGAAAUAUGAUCGACGAGCCUCAACCAGGCGACAAGGUGAACAAAAUAGGAUUAUGGCACAAACCUUGGUUUUUCAAGCACGUGGAAAGCUUUUUGGUUACUGGAAAGACAGCAAGUGAGAUACUGCCUCUUAGGGAUUACUACCAUAGGCAUACGAGAUCAAUAUUUUGGGAACUGCAAGAUAUAGUUCCGUUUGGCAAUAACAGGCUGUUCCGAUUGUGCAUGGGCUGGUUGAUGCCUCCAAAAAUAUCUUUCCUGAAGCUCACUCAGACCGACGCAGUGAAGAGACUCUACGAGAACAAUCACAUUAUUCAAGACAUGCUUGUGCCCAUUACAAAUCUCAAGGAAUCCCUGCAAAUGUUCAAUAAGGAAACAAAAGUGUAUCCCAUUUGGCUUUGUCCUUUUAAGCUACCAGCUGACCCUGGAAUGCUAUGCGCACCAAAGGAAAGAAUGUUUGUUGACAUAGGAGUAUAUGGUGUACCUGAUCCUAGCGUCAACUUUAAACCAAUGGAAACGACAAGGAAAAUCGAAGAAUUUGUGCAGAAAUGUGAAGGAUUCCAGAUGCUGUACGCGGACACGUACACAACCAAGGAAGAGUUCCGGCGGAUGUUUGACCACACGCUUUAUGACCGUGUUAGAAGCAAACUUGCCUGCACUAAAGCAUUCCCAGAAGUUUACGACAAAGUAAGCCGAGCUGCUCGGUACUGAUGAGUAGCGCGGAUAGGAAGUGCUGCCCUUUUAACAAAUUUAUUGUCACCAAAACUUUAUACUUGUUGUGAAUUAAUUUGAUUAAAAGAAUUAUCAACUGUUUGAUACUAUAA